UUACACAUUAUGAGGGUUCGAAUGAUUUCUAUUUGACCUAAAAUUUAAUCUAAAACAUUUUGAAUCAGUUAAUUAAACAACAUGAGAACAUCUUCAUUAUAACGUCUCCAUUCUGAGGACUUUGACCGAAUAACGCGAGAAGAAAAGAGGAAACUAGAAUACAGUCCCACUAAAAAGUUUUUGUGUCUCCAAGAUGAUUCACAACAGAGAUGGAUUCGUUUUUGGACUCUUUAUCAGCUUAAUUCUUCUGAUUCACCUCAAUGAAGGUCAGUCACAGGAGUCAGAUUUAACUCAGACCAUCAUAUCGAUGCCUGGUGAUGACGUCGUCCUGCCCUGUCAUGUGGAUCCUCCUCAGGAUCUUUCUCAGUUUACAGUGGAGUGGGGCAGACCUGACCUAAAACCCAGAUUUGUGCAUGUUUGGCACAACCAGAAGGAAUAUCUAGCUGACCAAAACAAAGUCUUCAAGGGAAGAACGUCUCUGUUCAAUGACAAACUGAAGGACGGAAACUUUUCUCUGAAACUGUCUGAUGUGAGACAUUCUGACAACGGAAGAUACAGAUGUUACAACCCAAAGGAGAAAACAGAAUAUUUUAUCCAGCUUCUUGUUGGCUCCAUUUCCUCACCUGGUGUCAGUUUAUCUGGACUGGACAUCAGCAGCAGUGGAGUGAUGCUGGACUGCAGCGCUGCAGGCUGGUAUCCAGAACCUGAGAUGUUCUGGCUGGACGGAGACGGAAACAUCAUGUCUGCUGGACCUGCAGAGAAAAGCACAGAUCCUGAUGGUGUUUACACUGUUAGCAGCAGAGUGACUGUAGAGAAGAGAAACAACAACAACUUUACCUGCAGAGUCCAGCAGAGAGACGUCAACCAGAGCAGAGAGACACACAUUCAUGUUCCAGUGAGACACUAA